AUGUCCCUGCGCGGCGGCGGCCGCGGGCGGCCCGUGUCCCCGCUGCCCUCCCCGGGCUCGGCCCCGCUGCCGCCGCUGCCGCCGGACGGGGCUGAGAGCCCGGACAGGUUCCGGGACACCCCGAGGAGGGGACACGGGCGGCUGUGGCACGCCCUGGCCCCGGAGCCGCUGGCCUCGGACCGUGCCCGUCCCCGGGAGUGCUGGCGGCCCAGGGAUGCAGGAUCGGGACCGGAGUCCCACACGCAGCAGAGCCCCGCGCAGGAAGACUUCCAGAAAACCAUCGCGGAAUUUGGGAGAGCCCUCAAAGACAGGAAGCUCCUUCACCAGAGGAUCAGCUCCAUGCCGCCCCCGCUGGAAGCCAGCCUGGUGCUGAAGGACAUCUCCCAGCUCCAGGUGCACAGGGACAGAGCGCGGCAGAGCCAGCCCGAGGAAGAGGAAGGUUUUGUCCCCAAGAAGCUGCAGAGGCUGGGCCAGCGGGGCCGCCUGCCCGCUGCCAGGAGGGAUCUCCUUGCCAAGAGCCCCUGCGGCGCUCCAGGGCUGCAGUUCCCCCAGCUGCCGCCGCCCCAGAGCAUGGAGAAGCCGCUGACCACGCCGGUGAUGAAGAAGGAGGAGGCAAAGCUGCGCCCGGGCAAGCGCGGCCGGGGCCGGCGGCUCUUCCCCUCGCCCUCGGUGCCCCGCAGUGUCGCCGGGCCCCUCCCGAAGCGGGGACUCCCCUGGGACAGGGACAGCCCUGCCAAUGCCCAGCGGCACAGCAGGGCGGCCGGCAGCCCUGAGCGGGAGGCGUCGCUGGAGCCGGGAGCGUGGCUGGAGCCCUGCGGGUCUGCCCAGCUUCAGGAGAUCGAGAACCUGCUGUCCAGCGAUGACCAGGAGCUCAUUGGGGACUUCUCCAAGCCUCACCUCCUGCCCACGGUGGAGGGCAAGGACCCGGGCCUGAAGUACAUCUCCCCUGGCACGCUGGCGGCGGUGCUGUCAGGACGCUACAGCAGCUUCAUUGGGAGCGGCGUCGUCGUGGAUUGCCGGUACCCCUACGAGUACGAGGGCGGCCACGUCAAGGGCGCUGUCAACCUGCCACUGCAGCGGGACGUGGAGGAAUUCCUGCUGAAGCGCCCCAUCGUGCCCCAGCACGCCAGCAAGAGGGUGAUCCUCAUCUUCCACUGCGAGUUCUCCGUUGAGCGGGGGCCCAAAAUGUGCAAAUUCCUGCGGGACAGGGACCGCUCCUGCCACGAGUACCCACGGCUGCACUACCCCGAGCUCUACGUCCUGAAGGGAGGGUACCGCGAGUUCUUCUUGCAGUUCCCGGGACACUGCGAGCCCCGGGACUAUCGGCCCAUGGAGCACCCGGCGUUCAGGGAGGAGCUGCGCAGGUUCCGCGGGCAGAGCAGGCGCGGGCGGCGAGCGCUCUCCAUCCUCUGA